GAGCGUCUCUCUCUCCCCAAACAAAGCCAAGUCGCCCUUAAGCUACCAAUAAGAGUUCCCUCACCCAGGGCCCAGGCCAAGUGUCCUCAACUAGUGGCCGGACACAGCUCCUAACUAGCGAGUGAUGAGGAGCACCACAUCACAUGAUAACUCGGUAGUCAUCACGAGGAGGUAACCAUGUUAUUUAAGAUUCAGCUACUGGGAACAAAACGUUCCAAGUAGCACGGGCUAUGGUGAGCCCGUAGUGGACUUACCUGGCACAGGAGCGGGCUGUAACUUGUGGGCAAGGGUAUGAUAUAGAACUGAUGAAUGCUGCUUAGCUUAUACAAUAUUUGACUAUUGUAUGUAAUAUGGCGUCUCGUGUUCACGUACUCUCAUCAUCGGACAAUGAUUCAGAUGACAGCCUUCCUGAUCUGAGGUCCCGUCUGAAUCCAUUACUGCUGCAGCCUCUGCAAGUUAAGCCACGUGUUCAUACAUUGAGCUCUGAUGAGGACAGUAACUGUAAUGAAGACAAAGAAAAGGCAACUGAAGAUGAUGAACCUCAUGUCAUUAGCGAAGUGUUAAAAAGACAAAAAGCUUUUCAAAUACCCGAUGAUUUUGAUGAGGAAUUGCCAGAUAUCCAUGAAUUCACUCUCCUGGAACCUUGCUCUAGAGCUACAGGUGGCAAGGAUCUGGAAAUGAGAGAGAAAAAUGCUGUCACCACCUGCCAUCCUAAAAAGAAGUUGCGAUUGGACAAUCCUAAAGAAGAUAAAGAAGCUAAGCGGAUUUUCCGAGAAGCCGAGAAACAGAGACGGGCUACUGAAAAAGCCGAGGCCAAGGCUCAGAAAGAGGCAGAGAAAGCCUCCAAACGUGCCAUGAAGCCUGGAGAAUGCAUGAAGCACGUGAUAGUUCAGCUAGAUCGUCAACUCUUAGAACUUGCAGAAGGAAGUCAAGUCAUCAGCCAUUUACAAACUGCAGAAGUUCGCUACCGAGUUAUCGAUUCCCCCGUACCGACGACAGUGACAAUAUUGAGGGUUGAUCCACUCACUCUUCAGGAAACACAAGCAGAAGAAGCAGUGGUUGUAAUUCCUAUAAGUGAUUUUAUUGAACUAAUUAAACAGCAAGUGUAUGAAGAUGGUAUGGAGGGCCUGUGUCAUCAGUGCCGCCUCUGGAAAAGAAAACUCAACGGGGCAAAUUUGACACUUGUUGUCUGUAGCGUUGAUGAAUAUUUAAGAAGUCAAAAGACUGGUAAGCAACAAAACUUCAGGUCUGCUGUAUUGGGACAAACUACAAAGCCAGCAAAAGGGAGGAAAAAAAAAUCUGGUAGUGAAUUUCCCACACUUGCCACAACUUCUGUGAGUAGAGUUGACAUAGAGACUGCACUUGUGACUGCACAGUUGGAGUGUGGUCUCAAUCAUAGAUUACUGGAAGAUGCAAAUAAAGUAGCUAGCUUUAUCUUGCAAGUUACCAAAGCUGUUGCUGAAACACCUUUCAAACGUGAGAAAGGAGAAACAACAUUUUCAUGGUAUGCUGAAGGUAACAAUACCAACACUGUGAAGAUAGAUAGAUCAGGAGUUGGGUUAUUAAAGCUCUGGCACCAACAGCUUCGACAGUUUAACAAUGUUGGAGUAGAAGUCGCUCAGGCUAUUGCUCGGGAACACCCCUCUCCUCAAAUAUUACUCGAGUCAUACAGGAAAUGCCAAACGUUCCGAGAAGCAUCACUGCUGCUUGCAGAUAUCCCUGUUCGACGGGGAGCUGGUCCUCUUGCAUCCACAAGGAGAAUUGGUCCAGAACUCUCUAAGAAGAUUCAUUUAUUUUUUACAACAACAGAUCCAGAAGCAAAUCUAGCACAAACAUGAAUCUUGGAGAAAUGGUGGCUGCAUAUGCACUUCAGUCAAUAAAUAUUUUUAAGUUA